AGAGCCGGAGCAUGCGCCAAAUAUAACUCCGAACGAAUCCUGAUUUUUACCAGAGCCUCGAAGGUAUCCCUAGCUAAGCUUGGCCAUGGCGGUGGUGUCUACUUCUCUUGCAUCUCAACUCUCAGCUGUCCGAUUGUCAGGUUCCAACUCCGACAUUUCCCAGACUCUAUUGCAAAACGUUCGCUCACAAAUCCGCCUUGCAUCCUCAAGGAAAGGCUCCCGUGGCGUUGUUACCAUGGCCGGCUCCGGAAAGUUCUUCGUUGGUGGAAACUGGAAAUGCAAUGGUACAAAGGAAUCUAUAACCAAGCUUGUCGCAGACUUGAACAAUGCAAAGUUGGAAGAUGACGUUGAUAUUGUUGUAGCACCUCCCUUUGUUUAUAUUGAUCAGGUGAAGAGCUCGUUGGCAUCUAGGAUUGAGAUUUCUGCCCAAAAUUCAUGGGUGAGCAAGGGUGGUGCUUUUACCGGAGAAAUCAGUGUUGAACAAUUGAAAGAUCUAGGCUGCAAGUGGGUUAUCCUUGGGCACUCGGAACGUAGACAUAUCAUUGGUGAAGAUGACCAGUUCAUAGGAAAGAAGGCUUCCUAUGCCUUGAGCGAGGGUCUUGGAGUAAUAGCUUGCAUUGGGGAAUUACUAGAGGAAAGGGAAGCUGGGAAAACUUUCGAUGUUUGCUUUCGGCAAUUGAAAGCUUUUGCAGAUGCUGUUCCGAGUUGGGAUGAUAUUGUUAUCGCUUAUGAGCCAGUAUGGGCCAUUGGGACGGGCAAAGUGGCUUCGCCCGAGCAAGCUCAGGAAGUGCAUGCAGCAGUUCGUGAUUGGCUUAAGAAGAAUGUAUCACCAGAAGUGGCAUCUAAAACACGAAUUAUUUAUGGUGGAUCUGUGAAUGGGAGUAAUUGUGCGGAGCUUGCCAAAAAAGAGGAUAUAGAUGGAUUUCUAGUUGGAGGUGCUUCGUUGAAGGGUCCCGAAUUUGGAACGAUUGUUAAUUCUGUAACUGCCAAGAAAGUCGCUGCUUGAAGUCUUUUAGGAGUUCCUGGUGUCGAGCACAAGAGGUAAGGGUGACAAUGUUUUGUAUCCAUGGCUACACCCCUUGGGGUUGUCAAGUUUUCAGCGUGUUCAGGUUCUUUCUGUGAAUGCUAGAAAAUAUUAUCUUUUUGUUGUAUUCCUGAGGUUACUUUGCUAUAGAAUAAUUGAGUACCUUAAUAAGAGUUCUUGAGUCUUUCUCGGUUA